UCGUUUUUUUGAGUCACCACUUGUUUACAUUGUAAUGUGAUUUCUUUAAGAAAACCCAAAUCGAUUUUAUCCGAGCCUCAAGUGACAUGCCGUGGCUACUGCUGUUUAAGACUUCUGCCACUCGUUUAAACAUUUAUGAUUUCGCGUAAUUUCCUGAUUUUACAAACGCCAAGAUAGUGAAAAUGGAACGUCGUGGCACAAAGGCCCUGGAGCACUGGUGCCGUCUCAUAACAAGUGGAUAUGAUGGAGUCAAAGUCGAGAAUAUGACCACUUCGUGGAGAGACGGACUCGCCUUCUGUGCGAUCAUCCACUACUUUCGUCCAGACUUAAUACAAUUCGACAAACUUAAAGCGGGGGAUAUCUACGAGAACAACAGCCUGGCCUUUUCCACGGCCGAAAAGUAUUUGGGCAUUCCUGCCCUACUCGAUGCCGAUGAUAUGGUUUCCUACGAGGUCCCCGACCGCCUAUCGAUCCUCACUUAUCUAUCUCAGUUUUAUAGGGUGCUGGGAAAGAACUUCAAGCUACCGAAGGCCGAGGAAGCCAUAAUUGACGAGGGAGAACCGCCGCAGAAGAUGAUGCACAUUGUUGGCGUGCCCAGACGCGACAAGUGCCAGAAGUGCGAGCUUCCGGUCUUUCUAGCGGAGCGUGUCCUCGUGGGAAAGCAUGCCUACCACCGCACUUGUCUGAAAUGUGCUCGCUGUGGAUCACUGCUCACGCCUGGUAGCUUCUACGAAACGGAGAUUAAUAAUACGUACUGCUGCGAGACCUGUCCCGACGAGGAAAGUGAAUUUAGCCUAACAACUGAUAUUGAAAAUUGUUCGCCAUCUAGGGAUCAAGCUGCCAUCGGAGGCCUAGCCUACUUCAGCGAUGAGGAGGAGGGCCAACAGGAGGAGGUUGACAAGGAGAAAGGAGGCUUGGCCUCUUCUAAAUUACCCGAACCCAAAGCAACGCCCUCGAAAAUAGGCGACAGAAUUAAGUACUAUCAAAGAUUAAGUACUGAACAAGAUGGCAAGCAAAGUAGAUCACCCAAAACUGAGGAUCCACCCAAGCCCGCUGUACGAGAAGUUAAUGAAUCGCCCUCAAAAGCAGUCGAACAAAGCACUAAACCGGAUGAAAAGCAAAAUAUUUCAUUUAAAACAGAGGUUUCCCUUCAGCCUGUUGUACGGGAUGAUUUUAGUGAUACGCCAUUAAAGCCUGAAGAACAAAAGAUAACUGAAGUAGCAGUGACCGAAGUAGAUGAAAAGGAAAGUACUUUACCGGAUAUUGAAACUCCUCCUAUGCCCAUUACACCGGCUAAUCCACCUCCAACGUCCCUGCCCAAAGAAGAUUACACUAUUUUAAUCACAGCAAGUUCUUUGGAGAAACUAAAUGAAGAAACAUCGGAUGAUUCGGGCAGAGCAACUGAGGAAUUACCAGCUCUGGACGUGACUCACCAACAAGAAGACAAUGAGCUUGAUAAUGAAGUAAACUGCAAAGCAGAAAAAGAAGAAGAAACUAUAACAACCGAAAGUAGUCCCAAAAAAGAAAGUGAUCUUAAAUUACCACCAGUUUUGGAGUCUCCUAAGAAGAAUAUUUCGGAAACAGAAACUGAUUAUCCCGAGGAUUUGAAUCCCUUUAAGGAGGACGAAAGCCUUAAUCCGUUCGACAGCUCCGACGAUGAGGUGGAGCUUUUAAAGCCAGUUCCUUACAAAGGAAGCGACAGUUCAACACCAAAAUGUGAUAAAAUCGGUCCGGCCAUAUCCAAGCAGCCAGAGGAACUAUAUUCCAGAAGUCCGACACCAUCUCAAAGAAAGAAGAUGCCCAUGCCGACCCCGAGGCAGUCCGUGCCAAAAUCAAAGGCUCCCUCACCAGCCGCCAGUAACAAUCGCUUUUCUACGUCGACAGAGUACUUGGAAAUGCCGAAAGCUUUCCAACGGGAUUCGAAUGAGCGUGGCUCCAGUGUCUCCUUGCCAUCGGCCAGUGGGCCACCCAAGCCACAACGUGCCUCAGCAGCUAACUUGAGGCACGAGGAUCUAAAUUCUCCCAUGCGCAAAAAGCGUCCUGCACCGCAGCCACCAAAACAACCCCAUUUCGAGGAGGCAGGAUUUUCAAAACUAUCCGACGAACAGAAGGCGCUCCUGCACGACCAGCUCCUAAAAUCCGGUUCUAACUCGAGUGACACCACGAGAAGGUUAAUACCACUUGACCAGAGCCUCUUGUCCGAUGAGACACGACAGUCGUCCGACUACAAGGAGGGCCAAAGCGCCGACGAGGAGGCAAGUAUAGUUUAUAGGCGCAUUUUAGUUCCGCCGACGCAGUCCGAACAUACGACGCCGGAUCACUUGAAGGGAAACCAAGCUAUUAGCACUGCUGCCCCCAUCGAUUAUAACGACUUCAACAGUCCAUUGGCCUACAAUAAGUCAACGCACGGGAAGUGGAAGAGGCGGAAAGGGCCGGCUCCUGCGGUGCCAAUACCGCCGCGCAAAGUUCUCCAGCGGCUGCCUCUACAAGAAAUACGGCAUGAAUUCGAAAUUAUUGCCGUACAGCAGUUGGGUCUCGAGAAGCAGGGAGUUAUCCUAGAAAAAAUGAUCAGGGAUCGGUGCGAAGUAAUGGAAAAUUUAAAUGACGACGGCUCUUCGGUGCCGGGCGGAGAGACGCAGGCAGCAAACUCCAAGGAAGUCGAGGAUCUUAUAUUGCAAUUGUUCGAGCUGGUUAACGAGAAAAACGAACUAUUUCGGCGGCAAGCGGAGCUUAUGUACCUUCGACGGCAGCAUCGCUUGGAGCAGGAACAGGCGGACAUUGAGCACGAAAUUCGAGUAUUAAUGGGCCAGCCGGAGCGCAAUAAAACCGACUCGGAUAAGGCCCAUGAAGAGGUAUUAAUUGGUCGUCUCGUCAAAAUCGUCGAGAUGCGCAAUGCCGUCAUUGAUAGUCUGGAGACCGAUCGGGUUCGGGAAGCUAAGGAGGACAUGAGCAUAAAGGACCGACUGCAUACAUACAAUUCCGAGCGCGAUAUCUCAGCUGCUCCCAAUAAUGCUAAAAAGUUUGGCAAGAAAAUGUCGAAGAAGGAAAAGCAGCUCAAAGAUGAACAUAAGAAAGACAAAGCCCUGGAUGCCGAUGAGUCGGAAUCGACGCCUGCCUCGGAAAAGGUUAAAAAGAAACAUUUGAAAAACUUAUUCUUUUUAAAAGCUUCAAAAUAGUUAACAUUUCCGAUGAUUUUUUUAUUGCCAUAGAUAUGCACAUUCCAGUAAAUAUUACAAAGCAAGCAAACAAUAUUUUCUCAUUAUGU